GAAUCUAGCGGCGCCGAAGAUGUCACGGAACCCAGCGUGGCUUUCUAUCCUUGCGCGCAGGUGUGCUCCAUAUCCGCAAGACCUUAUCUCCACAUUAGCGCUAGCUCAGCUGAUCCCCUGCAUCUGUCCCGGCGGAUUUCUACUGCUGUGCCCCUAAUCUGUCACGAGUACAGUUUGAAGUCCGAGUUUUGAGCCUAACAGCACCUCCUUACUGGAACAUUGUCUUCUCAUUCCAGUUGGAGAUCGUCUUCGUGAGGCAGCAGGGAGCAUUUCUCUCGCUGAUUCGAAAUGGCUGCAUCGUGUGUAUCAGUGUUAUCGGCCGCUGCCGGUUCGUGUGUUGCCGUAAGAAGUAUCGACACCAGGGCCACCAGACAGACUUCUCGUCUAUCCCUGGUCGUACCUUCUCUAGCUGUGUCCCGUUCUGCCGAGAAGAUCUUUACCUCAGGCCUGUUCUUGACCACUUUGAGUUCCAGGGUUGAAAGGAGUGCCGGAAUUGCUGCCAGGGCUGCCGACCUUGAGGAAGCUGAGACGUCAGUUGAUUCUACUCCAUCUUCUCCUGCCCCUGCUGCUGGUACCAAACUUUACGUCGGAAAUCUGCCGUGGGCCGUUCACAGUCAGCAGCUCGCUGAAAUUUUCCAAGAGUACGGAAAUGUCGAACUUGUGGAGGUUAUUUACGAUAGAGACACCCAAAAGAGCCGAGGGUUCGCGUUUGUGACCAUGAGCACUAAUGAAGAUGCACAAAGAGCAAUUGACGCGCUGGACGGCUCAGAGCUUGACGGAAGAGUGGUGAAAGUUAACUUUCCUCAAACCACGAAGGAUGCAUCGAGAAAUGACAGAUACAAAAACGAGAGGGCUGCUCCACGCGAACGUAGGGAAGGAGAAGGAUAUUCUCCCAGACCAGGCGGUAGCUUCAAUUCCGCUAUGAAGAUCUUUGUUGGAAAUCUAUCAUGGGGAGUCGAUGACGUUGCUCUUGACGAGCUGUUCAGUGAGUACGGAAAGGUUGUGGAGGCGAAGGUUGUGCACGACAAAGCAACAGGACGCUCCAGGGGUUUCGGAUUCGUCACUAUGACAAAGGAAACGGAAGUAGCUUCUGCUAUCGAAGCCCUCGACGGAGCUGAUUUUGACGGGAGGACCAUGAGGGUGAACCGUGCUGGUGAUAAGCCAGAAAGGAGUGAUUCACCAAGCCGGGGUUAUUAGAAGUAGAUUUAAAAUAGAUAUUUAUCAAUGAGUUUCUUGAGCAAGCCCUUAGCAGGCAGACUAACUUGUAGCUUGUAGGCGAAACUCGGGCCGUUUGGAGUCCAAUGGAUUUUGAGAACAUCCGGAGACAUUUUUUGCAAUGGGUAGGCGGAGGAACGUGUUUCACGUACUUCGGAGCCUAUAUGAAAGUUUCGGAGCGUAAACUGGCCUGUACAGGCCGAGCGGGGAACAAUGUGUUGCGCUUCCUUCUGCCGUGCCGUGUCAGAAGUUGUUAGCGUAGAAGGUAUACAUGGUCCUUGGAAGGCCGGGGGAGCCUUGUUUUUCCUGCCGAGGCUGAGUAUCGAAGUCGCUCGCCUCUGCUCCGCCUAUCUUCAAACCUUUGAGUUCUACCGAGACCUCUGUAGUGCUCACCAAACAAGAGUCGAAACGAGCAGAUCAUGUAAACUCGGAUCUCGAGGUUUGUACGAUCCUUAGAAUUUUCAGUAAAACGCCACGUUACAAACUGA